AAUAGUAAAGUAAUAUUUUCAAGUUAUGAAGUAAAAAAAAAAAAAAAAAAUUCUAUAUCCAUGGCUUCAAUAUUCUUACAAGUUGUUGCACUACUUGUAGUGCUAUACAUUCUUCAAGAAUUACACAACAAAUUCAUGAAAAAGAAGAAAAAACUCCCUCCUGGCCCAAAAGGGCUUCCAAUUAUUGGAAAUCUUCAUAUGAUUGGCAAAAAUGUCCAUCAAGAUCUUCAUAAAAUAGCCAAAAAAUAUGGUCCCAUAAUGAGCAUGAGAUUUGGUUUUGUUCCUGUAAUUGUUGCUUCUUCUCCUCAUGCUGCUGAGCAAUUUUUGAAAAAUCAUGAUCUUAUUUUUGCGAGUCGACCAAAUAAUAUUGCUGCUAAAUUCAUCGCGUAUGAUCAAAGAAAUUUGACAUUUGGAAAAUAUGGACCUUAUUGGCGAAAUAUGCGAAAAUUAUGUACGUUAGAAUUGCUUAGUACUCUCAAAAUCAAUUCAUUUCAAGCCAUGAGAAAACAAGAAGUUACAAAUUUUGUGACUUUUAUCAAUGGGGCAGCUUCUAGUGGUGUUGAAAUUGAUAUUAGUGCUAAACUUGCUACAUUAAAUACUAACAUGACUUGUUUAAUGGUAUUUGGGAAAAAAUAUAUGGAUGAUGAAUUUGAUGAAAGGGGUUUUAAAUAUGUGAUUCAAGAGACUUUAGUUUUAACAGCAACACCAAACAUUGGUGAAUUUUUCCCCUUUCUUAAUGUGUUUGAUUUGCAAGGAGUUGUUCGUCGUAUGAAGGAAUUAUCAAAGAUUUUUGAUGAAUUUUUUGAGAGAAUUAUUGAUGAACAUGUUCAAGAUUCCAAAAAGGAGAAGCAAACCAAGGAUAUUGUUGAUACUAUGAUGAAUAUCAUGCAAUCUGGUGAAUCUGAAUUCGAGUUUGAUCGUCGUCAUGUGAAAGCUAUUUUACUGGACAUGUUAAUAGCUUCAAUGGACACCUCAUCAACAGCAAUUGACUGGAUUUUCACUGAACUUUUAAGGCAUCCAAAAGUAAUUAAGAAAUUACAAAAGGAAUUGGAACAAAUAGUUGGCAUGAAUAGAAUGGUGGAAGAAUCAGACUUGGAAAAAUUAGAGUACUUAGACAUGGUCAUAAAAGAAGGUUUUAGGCUUCACCCUGUUGCACCACUAUUGAUUCCUCAUGAGUCUAUUGAAGAUUGCACAAUUGAUGGUUUUGAUAUACCUAAAGGUUCAAGACUUCUAGUAAAUACUUGGGCGAUUGGAAGAGAUCCAGAAAUUUGGUCAGAACCCGAGAAGUUCAUGCCAGAAAGGUUUGUUGGUAGUAACAUUGAUCUUCGUGGAAAUAAUUUUCAACUUUUACCGUUUGGCUCUGGAAGAAGAAGUUGUCCUGGAUUACAAUUAGGACUCACAACCGUUCGCCUGGUGCUAGCACAAAUGGUUCAUUGUUUUGAUUGGAAGUUACCAAAUGGUAUGAUGCCGAAUGAUUUAGACAUGACUGAGAAAUUUGGUUUAGUUAUGACUAGAGCUCAACAUCUAAUGGUUAUUCCUACUUAUCGUCUGAAUGUAUAAUAAAUAUUAAGAAUGUCAAAUGGAAAAGUUAAUAAA